AUGAAGGGAGGAUUCCCAUUCCGCAAUCGGGACAACAACUGGAUAGUUAGUGACGGCACUGCUGAAGCAAUAAGAGCAUUGAUGUUACUUGAAGAACAAUGUCCUUUCAUAGAAGAUCACAUAGCUCCACAACGUAUCUUUGAUGCUGUCAAUGUGAUCCUGAACAUGAGAAAUUCCGAUGGAGGUUUUUCUUCUUAUGAAACCAGACGUGGAAACUGGCUGUUAGAGGCCGUAAACUGCGCAGAGACCUACGGUGACUGUAUGGUAGAUCACACCUAUGUUGAAUGUACCUCAUCAGUAAUGCAGGCACUGAAACAUUUCCAGAAGAAAUUCCCAGAUCACCGGAGAGAGGAAAUCAGUGAUACACUCCAUAAGGCUCUGCAAUAUUGUCGUAAUACACAGAAAGCAGAUGGAUCCUGGUUAGGGAGAUGGGGUGUGUGUUUCAUAUAUGGCACCUGGUUUGCAUUGGAAGCAUUUGCAUGUUUGGGAUACACUUACCAUAAUGGACUGGCAUGCAACGAGGUGACCAAGGCCUGUGCCUGGCUGGUCUCCAAACAAAUGAAAGAUGGAGGUUGGGGAGAAGAAUUUGAAUCCUACAAGUUUCGCAAAUAUAUUCAGCAUACCAUUUCCCAGAUCCACCAGACUGCAUGGGCUCUGUUGGGAUUGAUGGCUGCUAGGUAUCCCGAUGUUCAUGUUCUAGAAAGGGGGAUCCAAGUUUUGAUUGACAAGCAGCGAGCCAUUGGGGACUGGCCUCAGGGUGACAUUGCUACCGGAUUCUACAAAGCUGGCAUCCUCCAUUAUUCAGCCUACCGCAACAUCUUCCCUAUUUAUGCAUUGGCUCGUUUUACCCAUCUUUAUCCUGAUAAUCCUCUUGCUAGCCAACAUCUGAAGAAUGGACCAAUAAAUAAUUUCAAGGAGGGCCAGACAAAGAAGCACUGA